GGGGAUUAUUUUGGGAGUCGCGGACCAAUCAAAACGCUCCUCCUGAAUGCUCCGCCGUGGUGUAUAUAUAUACACACACAUCCACACGGAGCCAUCGCAGAGACACGAGAGCCAGAGAGAGCCAGAGAUAGCGAGAGCGAGACACACGGAGAGAGCAACCAGGUAGCGAAACAGCUCACGAUUGCUAAGCCCAAGCCAGUAACAUCGGUUCGCAAGUGAGCGUCAACUUAUAAGCACGGAGCACAGAGGGCUUUUGGAAGCAAACACAGGUCAAAAAGAAACAGCACGCAGCUGUGUGUUCAGAGUUUGUGUAAUAAGCAUUUGUAUUGUUCCUGGAGAAUACUCCGAUCAUUACACGGGGUUCAAAGCUCGGCCACAUCACAAGAUUUCGUUGCUCCGAAACAAGACGACAGGCGGCGCCUCAAAGCAAGCGAUGCCGUCCAGGGUGCCCUUCCCCGCCGCCCUGAUGCUGCUCCCGCUGUUGCUCGCCGCCGCCGCCGCCACCGCCUCGCUCCUCGCGUCGGACGCUCGCGAGGCGCUGCCCGAGACCGCUCGCCGCGUCCGCCCUCGCGGCGGCGAGCCUCCGUCGCCGGCCAAGGCGAGGCCGAACGACUCGGCGGGCAGGCGGGCCGGCCUCGCGUCGACCAAGGACGCGCUCGCGUCCAGCCAGGAGGCGCUCAUCGUGACCGAGAAGAAGUACCUGAAGAGGGACUGGUGCAAGACGCACCCGCUCAAGCAGACGAUCGGCGAGGAGGGCUGCCUCGGACGCACCAUCAUCAACCGCUUCUGCUACGGCCAGUGCAACUCGUUCUACAUACCGAGGCACGCGCGCAGGGAUCCGUCCGCCGCCGCCGCUGCGUCUUCAUCAUCAUCAUCCUCGUCGUCGUCGUCGCUGUCGUUCAAGUCGUGCUCGUUCUGCAAGCCCCACCGCUACACCACCCUCACCGUGACGCUCACCUGCCCCGAGCAGCAGCCGCCCGUGCGACGCAAGAGGGUGCAGCGCGUGAAGCAGUGUAGGUGCAUCUCGGUGCAGGUGAACGACUGAGAGAGGCGGUGGUGGUGCUGGUGGUGGUGGUAGCGGUGGUAAUAUUCGUGGCAAUGGGACAGGGGGUACGAACUUCACCGAUAACAACAACAACAACGACGACUGGGCCACAGGGGUAGCCCACAGCAGUAGCAGCAGCAGCAGCAGCGGAGGUCGUUACAGCAGUAACCUUGCUUUUGGCGGUCACUCACGAGGUUAACUUGAGCAGCAGAUGGAAUCCUGUCUCGUCACGGUUAACUUCGCUAGCGGAAGCAGCAGCAGCAGCAGCAAUCGUAGCUGGAACAUCAUCAGUUCGCGGCGGUAGCUGUAAUCAUCAGUGACUUCUUCUUAUUCGGCAGCUGCAGCAGCAACCACCAGCAGCAGUCAUAACGGAAUAAAAUUCAGCAGCUGGCGUAAUAACAUCGG